AUGACAGAACCAACGUCAAAAAAACAGGGAUUUAAAAAGUGUCGGAGUGCUACUUUCAGCAUAGAUGGCUUCAGCUUCACCAUCGUUGCCAAUGAGGCGGGGCAGAGCAACCACCAUCCACUGGCCCGCUUGGCACGCUCACGGUCCCAGAAUGCACUAUGCACCGCCAUCACAGCUGGCGUUGGCGUCACUGAACUCAAAGGAAUUCUGAUUGACCCGCGAAGCGCUGAAGAUAUCCUGGCGGAUGAGCUGCCGAUCCCUGACGCCCCCGACGCCAUGGAGAAGACUGCCAUAAGGUUGCGCUGUCUUGUAAAGCAGCUGGAGAGGGGGGAGGCAUCUGUGGUGGACCUGAAGAAAAACCUGGAGUACGCCGCCUCAGUCCUAGAAUCGCUAUACAAUGAGGAAACCAGGCGGCUGGUGGAUCCAGAGGACGAGCUGGGUGACAUCCGGUCAGACUCUGUGCCGUCAGAGGUUCGGGACUGGCUGGCUUCAACCUUUACCCGGCAGAGGGUUCUUAUGCUGCGCCGUAAUGAAGACAAGCCACGCUUCCGCAGCAUCGUCCAUGCGGUGCAGGCUGGCAUCUUUGUGGAGAGGAUGUACAGACGAACCUCCAACAUGGCCGGUCUUAGUUAUCCCCAAGAUGUCAUCACUGUGCUCAAGCAUGUGGACAUGUGGUCCUUUGAUGUGUUUGCGCUGAACGAUGCUAGUGGAGACCACGCUCUAAAAUUUGUAUUCUACGAGCUCCUCACAAGAUAUGACUUGAUCAAUCGUUUCAAGGUCCCUAUUUCUGCCCUCAUAUCAUUUGUGGACUCGUUGGAGGUGGGAUACAGCAAACACAAGAAUCCCUAUCACAACCUGAUGCAUGCUGCUGACGUCACACAGACCAUCCAUUACCUGCUUCUCAAGACUGGCAUGGUGCAUUGGCUAACUGAGUUGGAGAUCUUUGCCAUCAUUUUUGCAGCUGCCAUCCAUGACUAUGAACAUACAGGGACCACCAAUAACUUCCACAUUCAGACCAGGUCAGACACAGCCAUGCUGUACAAUGACCGAGCUGUUCUGGAGAACUACCACGUCAGUGCUGCAUAUCGUCUUCUACAGCAAGAUGAUGAAAUGAACAUUCUUUCUAAUCUCUCCAAAGAUGACUGGAGAGAACUGCGGGCACUGGUAGUGGAGAUGGUGUUGGCCACAGACAUGUCCUGCCACUUCCAGCAGAUCAAAGCCAUGAAAAGCGUUCUGCAGCAACCUGAGGCGAUUGACAAACCAAAGGCCUUAUCCCUUCUGCUGCACACUGCUGACAUCAGCCACCCUGCCAAACAAUGGAACCUGCAUCAUCGCUGGACAACAUCCCUUCUGGAGGAGUUCUUCAGACAGGGUGAUAAAGAAGCAGAGCUGGGUCUACCUUUCUCCCCUCUUUGUGAUCGCAAAUCCACUAUGGUGGCCCAGUCUCAGAUUGGAUUCAUUGACUUCAUCGUGGAGCCUACAUUUACAGUGUUGACAGAAAUGACCGAGAAGAUUGUGACGCCGCUGAUUGAGGAGGCAUCGCGCUCUGGAUUGACUGGCUUCAGACGCUCUAGUGUCAACAGUAUCAGUGGCAGUGAUGGAAAGCUGCCCAGUGUGAGGAGUACAGGUUCAGAGGGCAGCUGCUCUCUGACCAUGGUGGACUUUAAGAGCUUCAAGAUCACAUGGAACGAAGAGAUUCACCACAACAGGGAGACAUGGAAGGCCCAGGCAACCAAAGACCUGGAGGAGAAGGUCAAGAAGGAGGCAGAGGAGGGUGGCAAGCAAGAGAAGGAAACAGAAGAGGAGAAACAGUCGAGUAGUCCCAAUUCAGGACAGGAGAUGAAGACAAAUAUGGAGGGAAAGGUAGAGGUGGAGAACAGGAUGCAGCAGGAGGUGCAAAAGUCCAAAGACGUGGAAGGAAACAAUAAUCCAGGUGGAGCUGCAGGAUCAGGCCCAAAUUACAACAAGAAGGCUGAGGGCGCUACAGAGAAGCAGCAACGGCAGAAGGGCCUUCAGCGUGACUGCCCUCUGAUCCAUUACUGCAAGAGACCUAGUUACUCUGCUGGCUCCUACCGGAUGAUCAGGUCAAAGGUCACUGAGAUACGGCCAAUUGAUGCCAGGGGGAAAGCUAGGAGACUGCAGCGCAUCUCUCUGCGUCGCAGAAAGUGA